AUGGGUUACCAAGUUAUCGAGUGGGAUCAAGGAUGGGACUACGUACAGCAGGGGAUCGCAAAGAUGAACAGGAUUAUACAAGGAUCAUCAGAACCUCAGUUCACCUCAGAAGAAUAUAUGAGCCUUUACACAACUAUCUAUAACAUGUCUAUUCAACAACCUCCUCAUAAUUAUUCUCAGCAGCUCUAUGAAAAGUAUCAGGAGACAAUUGAGGAGUACAUUUCUUCAACAGUGCUGCCGCCCCUAAUGGAGAAGCAUGAUGAGUUUAUGUUGCAGGAGUAUGUCAAAAAUUGGGUAAAUUAUAAAGUUAUGUUUAGGUGGCUCUCACACUUCUUUUGUUUUCUUUAUGACCAUGGCAUCACUCAGAAUCAGACAUCACUUCCUGGGCCGAAUGAAGUUGUGCUUAACUGCUUCCGUAAUUUGGUUUAUCAGAAGGUAAAUGCUAAUGUGAGAUAUUAUGUACUUGGACUUAUGCAUAAAGAACGCAAGGGAGAGAAAAUUGACAGAGAACUACUGAAGAAUGUGAUAAAUAUAUAUGUUGAAAUUGAAAUGGGAGAACUGGAUGCGUAUGAAAAGGACUUCGAAGAAUACAUGCUCAUUGAUACUCGCAAGUACUAUUUGCAUAAAGCAUCAAGUUGGAUUUUGGAGUACUCGUACGCAGAUUACAUGUUGAAGGUAGAGGAAUGCUUGAGAAGGGAGAGGGAUAGAGUUUCUUGUUACCUGCUUCCGAGCAGUCAGAAGAAGCUAAUGGAGACGGUGAAACAUUGCUUGGUGGUGGUUCAUGGAAAUCAACUGAUUCAGAAGAAGCAUUCUGUAUCUGGAUGUACUUUGCUCACGGUUGAAAAUCUGGAGGAGCUUUCUAGGAAAUUUAUUGCUAAUUUGGCAUUGGAACGGCAAGUCUCUGCUGAAGGUUCGCCCUUUGUUCAACAGGCAGAAGAUGUAGCAAUGAUUGAGGAUUGA